CCCGUGCAGGCCGCGCCCCGCCUCCCCCCGCGCCGCCAUGGCGGCUCCGCGCCGCGCCUGGCUCGUCUUCGGCUUCAGUACCGAGGAGGCGGCGGGGGAACCGGGGCCGGGCCCGGGGCCGCGGCGCCUGGAGUCGGGCCCCGAGGGGAUCCGCCGCGUCUGGCCCGCCUGGAGCUACGUGGUGGUGGAGACCGGCGCGGGGCUGGAGGUGCGGAGCGCGGGGCUGCGGCGGCGGCUGCCGCCGGGCUGGACCGAGGCGCUGCCCUCCGAGACCCACCUGGUGCUGCGGGGACCGGCGGCGGCCCGGGCCUGGCCGCGGGCGGCGGCGCUGCGGGGAGCGCUGCGGGGAGCGGCCGCCUGGAGCCGGGCCCUGCCGCCGCCGGGGCCCCGCCGCCCGCCGCCGCUGCCGCUGCUGCCCGGCGGCUUCGCCACCCCGCGGCCGCCCUUCUUCGGCGCGCUGCCCGGGGGGGUGCGGGCCCGCCGGCUGGCCCUGGGGCAGGAGCACGUCGUGGCGCUGGGCGCCGCCGGGGAGGUCUACGCCUGGGGUGGCGGAAGUGAUGUCGGGAUGUUUUACUGUGUGUCAGGCUGGCUGGGUCUCUGGCUGAGGUUGUUGGUACAUCAGCUCAGCACAAAUCUCUCUUUCCUGUGGGUGAGUGACGGCCAGGUACCGUGUCUGUGCUCUGCCUUAUCCUUCACCCGGCUGCUUCAAAUCAGUGUAAGGAAGGUUCAGCUCCCUCUGCUCCUGCUCCUCUGUAACAUGUCACAAAGGCAGCCACCUGCAGUCAAAGAUCAGUUUGUUUCCAAGAUGGACAGUGGUACCACACGUCUGUUAGCACUUCAGUACAAGAUCCCUCUGCUAGGGAGAGGAGUAAACCCCCUGGGAAAAGCAUCAACCCCUGACGCCCUCUUUCACUUGCCAGCAGUUGCACUUGGGUGCAAUAAAUAGCCAGCAGGAUCGUUCAGUUUAGUCUCUUAAAGGUGUUCUCUGUUAGCUCAGGGUUUGCUUUUGCACAUGCUGCCCUGGCUGCCCCACAUCCAGUAAGUAACGUUUUCCCAGAAGAUGACGGAGGGCGCAGCUCCAGGCCAUCCCUUCUCUGGAUCGCGUGAUUUCUACUGCCUGGCGCCUGCCAAGGGAUUCCUGCUUCUCCCUUUGCUCCAAGGCUGAGGUGUGGUUACGCAUUUGGCAACACAAGGUGCCGGCUCCUACCUGUGCCGCUGUUUGUGUCGCUUGUACGCAGCAUUGCAGCCCUUGCGGCUGCGGCUGCUCUGAGUUCCUGCCCUGUCCAGCUCCAUCAGUUCUGGCACAGUGGGCUAAAUGCCCCCGGGGCCACAGCACGCGGGGAUGCAUCCUCUCAGUCCCAGAGCUGCGAAGAUGCGCUGGGAGCCAUGGGCCGUUAAAGCCCUGUUACUGUAGGGCUCGUUUCUGGGUGUAGCUGAGGCAUCGCUGGGUCUUGUCACGCUCUGACACCCCCCACCCCCGCUUGGUAAAUCCAUUGGUUUGUAUCUGUACAUCCCCAGUACCACAGAUGUACGCGUGAGGCACUGUGUUGGGAUGCCGGUGCGUGAUCAACUCUGAGCACAGUAACUAUUAGUUGUUAAUAUCCAUAGGAUGGAAGGGAUUAUGUGUUCCUCUUUCUUUGCUACUUAUGGAAAACAAAACCACCAAAGACUGACGGUUGUACUCAGCAGAGCUGUGUGACUUGGCCCAUCGCUCUCCCUCAGUGUAUCUGAUCGGCUCAGGAGCAUUUUGUUCCCCCAUUCUCUGCUCACUGCUGGCUGGGGUCUUGGCCAGCUGGUCCUCACAGCAAACCUAAAACUCAGUUUAAAUCAGCAGUUGAUGCAUUUGCAGACACUGUAUUACCUUGUCCUUCUUGCUGCCCCUCAGAGGAAAGGUUUCUACACUUGUGAACGUGUAUUUUAGGAUUAACAUUUUUGAAAGAAAACUAAAUGCCAUGGUUAAGCUUCUCUCCAUGGCUGAGAAUCCUCCAGCAUGUCCUUAUGCCAUGUCCCACAGUGUCACAGCUCUUCUGUAUAAUGGCUCAGCACUGGCCCUGCUCAAGCCUUCCUAGCCCCUUUCUUUCUGCAGGCUGUGGUUGCCUUUGCCUGCUUGGGCCAGGAGCCCCUUUCCCCACUGCUGCAAAUGCUUCCCUGCUUGUCAGCCCUCUGAGCUGCUGCUCGGUGCCUGCAGCUGAGCUUGGGGCCAGCCAAGAACCAGCCCUGUGCUUAGCCCUGCUGGGUGCAUCUCUUUGCCCUGGCUUUCUGCAGAUAUCCCUGUGAAGGAGAGCAAAAAUACUUUCCAGUGUUGUUGCAUUACCACCGUUUUUGGCAUCCUGUUUCGACACUUUGACGAUCCCCAGGACUCAUCUGCUCUGUGCAGCUGAGCUGUUUAUUUUACCUUUCCAACACUUUCAGCUUUUUCAACAGCUUUGACAAUUAAAGCCACUGGUGCGCUAUAUUCCACUUGCUCGCCACCAACCCUCCCAGUCUGUAACUGUCACGUUUCCAGUCCUGUGCGCAGGAUGCCUGCACUGGGCAUCGUCCUCCCACCGGCACUCGGCUUUUCCCUAUUUCUGGACUCAGCUCCUCCUCUCAGCCGUGGCGAUUCCUUCAGCAGCUCAGGCUCUGCCACCCCGAAUGGUGCCAGAAGCCACGUGCACCUCAUCGCCUUCGCCUUCGGCCAUGGCUGCCGCCCCUUGGCACUGCUGUCAGCACCAGUGAUGGCACAGCUCACCCACGCAGGGUGGAUUUUUCAUGUGGGGCAGCUCCCCCACAGCGUGUGUGUCUGGGUCCUGCCCUGCGUAGCCCACAUGAGCCUGCCCUCCUUUUUGUGCCCGCCAUGUGAAACGCUUGUCGUGGCAAUUGGUGCCACCCCCACACCCCAGAUGAGCCCCAGCUUGUCCCCUCGUGGGAUUCCCCCCACUUUCGCUUUCAGACUUGGGGGGCCAAACUGAUUGCCGCCACUGCGCUGUUGAUUGCUGGCUCAGCACAGCCCAAGUGAGCUCAGCAAUCAGUUAGCUGAGCAAUGGACUGACUUGUAAACACAUUUAUCAGUUCAGACUUGUGUCAUUCGCUGCACCGUUGCACAGCGAUUGCACGAUGACAUGGACUCCUGCCUCGCGUUGUGCAGCUGCUACUGACCCACAGCCUCGCGUGCUGCAACCCGCCCGCUGGGCCCCAGGGCCGCCGAGCCCCUGCCAGCCUCCCAUGGCCCGGCACCAGGGUGCGGGGGCACCCUCCUUCCCCCUGAGGCUGGGCCCUGUGCCCCCGCUGCACCCUCCCCACCACGGGGGGUCCUGGGGGGCUGGGUCGUGGGCAGCAGCAGGCAGGAGGGGCUCGGUCAGGACCGUGGGCUCAUGGCGGGGCUGG